GUGUGAAAGAGAGUGGGCGCGUGGCUCAGGGUUCAGAGCUGUCGGCCCUCCUCCUCCUCUCUCUCUCGCUCUCCCUCCCUUCCUCCCUGCUCCUCCUGCUCCGACAGAGACGGGCAAAAGGCGGAGGAGGAGCAACGGAGCUCACAAUCAACAGACGCAGGGCGUACGGCGAUCCGUCGGUCUGUAGGCUGCUCCGGCAGAAGAAGAAGAAGCCCCGUGGAGGGAGCGAAGACAUCACCCCACCUCACGGCUAUUUUCCACUGACCAGUAAAGGGCCGGCAGAGAGACAAGGAAAGUAGAGGAGGCAAGCAGAGGCGGAGACGAUAAUUGUGUUUCUGGCUGCCCUGUGGGAACAUGGGAUAUAUGACCUCAUCAUUCACCUGUGAGGCUCUCCAGUAAACAAUUCCAUAUAGAAGGAUGACUGAAACAGUUGUAGCAAGCACAGAUGUCCUCCAAAAAGCCUGCGUUGUGACGCCAUGUGACGCCGUCAGCUGCCCCUCCUCCUCGCCAUGCCUACCCCUGUGCAAUCAGAAGGAGGAUGAGGAGUGUAACAGUGACAUUAAGAAGCUUGAGCAGCAGAAACACUGCAACCAGGUGCAACCAAAGAAAAAAAUCAAGGCCAAACCAAAGUUAGUGCGCUCUGCAGCUGUCUGUGAGGACUCCCCCCCAUUUGAAGAAACCCAGGCAUCUCCAGAUGCAAACAUCUCAUUGAGCUGCCAUGACAACGAGAGAACUUCCUGUAAGGAGGAAGAGCAGGAGAAGAGCACAGAUCCAAAGAAACCUUCACUGUCCAAAGAGUCCAGCGUGGAGUACACCGACUCCACUGGCAUAGAUCUGCACCAGUUUAUCAUCGACACCCUCAACAGCAACCCCAGGGACCGCAUGAUGCUGCUUAAACUGGAGCAGGACAUGAUUGACUUCAUCACUAGCAAUAGUCCCUUUAAAAAGUUCCCUCACAUGUCAUCCUACCACCGCAUGCUGGUCCAUCGGGUGGCGGCCUACUUUGGCAUGGAGCACAAUGUAGACCAGACAGGCAAGUCUGUCAUCAUCAACCAGACCAGCAGCACGCGCAUACCUGAGCAGCGUUUUGUGGACAAGGUGCAUAAAGACAAGACAGAAGAGAUCCAGCAAUGGAAAAUAAUUCUUAAGAGAGACAACAGCUCAGAUGACCAGAAACGUCUCCACCCUUUGCGGGAGAAGCAAAGCAAGUCAGUGGAGGAGAGAGCGGAGGAGUACCAAAGAGCACGAGAACGCAUUUUCAACAAAGAGCCGUUCUGCACCCAGGAGAGCGCCCAUGCAGAAACCAGGGAUAUGGAGGAGUACAACACAGAUGCUGAGGCCCGGAGGAAAAGGCAGCUUUUCAGGGGGAGCCGUGACAGCUCAGGCUCCAGCUGGACAGGCAGCAGCAGGCAGAGCAGCACUGAGACGGACUGUCGCUAUAGCAACGACCCUCGACCUUGGAGCAGUACCGACUCUGAUUCCUCCUACCAAUGGACGAGUCCCGCCCUGAAACAUCGCCAACCUGCCAACAGUGGCUGGGACGCACAAGGUGCGGGCUCCAUCUCUGUGUACAGACUGCCACCCACUUGUCCUCACUCUUCUCCUCCUCCCAUCAUAGAGGAGCCGGCUCCCAACUACAUCAUUGAGAACGGGAUUCCUCCGGGAAGCGUUUUAGUGAACCCGCUUACUGGGCAGCCUUUCAUCAACCCUGAUGGAACCCCUGCUGUGUACAACCCGCCAGACAAUCAACAGCCAAUCAGGAGCCAGAUUCAGCUGCAGGGCCCCCCCCCUCAGCAGCCGCAGCAGCAGCAGGUGCUUCAGUACUCGUCUGUCUCUUACACAGCUCCACAGAUGUUACCUGUCACCCCCCCACAGCCAUACUGUACAAUGGAGGAGCUCUCCCCUCAGUUUGCUCAUCUGAGUUGUCAGUCAGCAGGUGAAGCCCCACCCCUCUACCCUUCCAGUCAGGGUUACAUCUAUGCAGCUCCUCCCCUUCAUCCUCCUCCCAACCCUUCCAACUACUGCCAACCCUUACCUCAGGUGCCUGUGUAUUAUUACAGUCAGUACCCUACCUCAGCUCAGCAUGGAUGCAGGCCUGUCUCACCCACUCAGCAAGUCCACAGCCAAGCGGUACAACCAACAGGAGGUUAUGCCCCUGUGAGGGUGCAGCAGUCUUCCCACACCCAGCCCCAGGCUGUCGUGGGCACCUACUCACCAGUUGCCUCCCAUCAGUGUAGCAUGGUUCAGGGUCCCGUUUCCGUGUCCUUUCCCCAAAGUAAAGUUGUGACCGGGGUAGGUGGGGAGGCCAGUUACUGCUGCGUGGUGCCCCAACCGUCCCACCUCAGCAGCUGCCACCCUCCCAGCUGCGCCAACCUCAGCACGCCGGCCUGGAGCGCACAGUACUGAUGGAGUGAUGAUACUUUAGUUCCUGUGUGAACUCACAAUGCACACACACACACACACACACACACACAUAGUUAACACACAAACGCCUUUUUUCACACUCCCCCUACCUCCCCUUUCCUCCUGA